AUGCAAUGGAAGUCUUGGAAGGUCAUGCCUGACGAGAUAAAGAUGCAAGUUCGCGGCCAGUUGUCGACGAACUACGACUUAGAGGACAUCAACGAAGAGACCUUGGCGUACGUCAACAGACUCUUCGGUGAGAGGUACAAGCAGUGGAAGAGCGACUUGCACCACCAUUUUCAGGCGUUUGAUGAUCCGCAAGUCGCUCUUCAGGAGGGUUGCCCGAAGGAGCUUGAGGGGCGGGAGGAUAGUUGGGCGUGGCUCUGCGCUCAUUUUCAGGCGCCCGAUUAUGUGAAUAAAGCCCAAGUGAAUAAGGGCAAUAGAAAGAAGAAGACUCUUCUUCACCAUUCCGGCUCCAGGCCCUUCUCAUAUAGGAUGGAUGCACGGCGUCGGGGGGGGUCGAAAUUCCCAGAGAUCGACGUCUUUGGUGACGUUUAUGUUCGACCUGGGAAUGAGUUGGCCGAGUCCCUUCAUACGACGAUGGUGGAGAGGAGCCAGUUGGUUCUUCAAGAGUCCGCCUCCCAACUUCCUCCCGAGACUCCGAUCGAGUCUGUGGAUCCUCCGCAUGAUGCUGGAUUUCAGAUUUUGACGCAGACGUUGGAUCAGACUCUCGGGAGGAGGCCGGGAACGUAUUGUAGGGGGAUGGGGAAUGCCCGACAGAGGGAACCUCGACCGCGGUCAUCGUCGCAGGCAAACAGUCAGGUGACUGUUUUGACAUCGCGGGUUGCCGAGCUUGAGGGUCAGAUGUCGGUGAUUCUGCAGUCCCUCACGUGGUCCGGCAUUCCAAUCCCUAAUUUUGGUGCGUCGACCUCCGAGCCCGUCCACCCCGAGCAUCCCCAGCACACCACGGCCCCUGCAGACGCCCAUACCUCCGAGCCGCAUGUGGCAGAUGACCAAGUAGAUUUUGGAACAUUAUUUGAUUAG